AUGCUGAUAUUACCUAAGGCUUUUGCAUUGACACGGAAGCUUGGUGUUGCCCAAGCAGCUAUAGCAGAUAUGGCAAAUGACUGUGGGAUAGCUCCAAAGGCAACAAUUGAGUUUAUGGCUAGACAAGUUGAUGAAGAUAGGCGAUACCGGCGGUGUUUUGGAGUAUUUAUAAAAGCUGAUUUUAGAGCAACUCAAAGUACUCUAUCUUUGUCCUAUUCCGGUAGAAAUGUUGAAGCAUGCAGCAUGUACACCCCAAAAGUGUUUGUAUUAUUUCAGAAGGAGCUAAGCAAGGGUCAUGAUUGUAACUUGAACAAACUUGGUGAGAGUGGAAUAAUAACUGAAUAUGAUAUCAGUCCUUAUGGCAAGGAGGAUCAACACCAUCUUGUUACAUACGACUCAUCAACAGAUAUGGCGUUGUGUAGCUGUAAGAAAUUUAAGUUUGUAGGAUUGUUAUGUUCACAUGCACUUAAAGUUCUUUCCUCAAACCACGUUAUGAGAAUUCCGGAGAAAUACAUAUUGAAAAGGUGGACAAAGAAUGCAAAAUCAGGGAGUACAACUACUUGUGCAUGGACAAGCUUGAUAGAAGAUCCAAAGGCAAUGAUGGGAAGACGAUACAAGGAGUUGUGUCGCUUGUGUACCCAAUUGGCAACAAGAGCUGCGGAAACAGAGGAAACUUAUAAUAUUGCUUUGGAUUGUCUUAAAAAAGUUGCGGAAGAAGUGGAUGCAAGUUUGACCGGAGAAAGUUUUCAUGGAACCUUGAAUGCCGAUAAUAGUGCAUCUCUGGAGAAUGAAGCUACCCUUGGUGAAGGAAUUGAGAAAAGAGUUAUAGGGUCGAAAGUUAAAGAGAGAGCUACUGGAAGGUCUAGCGAAAGGCAAGAAAUGCUCUUGAAAGGGCCAUUAAGUCUAAAAGAACUCCAGUAUAUAAUUUGA